AUGAUAUUAAUAAUAAUAAUAUUAAUAAUAUUAAGAAUAUUUUCAUAUAAAUUAAAAUUUAAUAAUAAUUUACCAUUUGACAAUAAAUUUAUAAAAUUUGAUAAUAAAUUACUAUUUGAUAUAAAAUUGUCUACAGAUAAAGAUAUAAAAUUGUCUAAGGAUAAUAUUAAAUUGUCUAUAGAAAAUAAUAUUAAAGAGGAUAAAGAUAAAUUAAUUAAUUCUAAUAAGAAAAAAAAUAUAUUAAAAAAUCUUGGAAAAUCAAAUAUUAAUUCUAUAUUAUAUAAUAUACAACAAUAUAUUAAUAAUAAAAUUUAUUCCAAUGAUUCUAUUACUAAAUGUGUAAAUGAUAGUACUACCAUGGGAAAGAGAGCAAAUGACACUUUUAGUACUACCAUGGGAAAGGGAGCUAAUGACACUUUUAGUACUCCCGGAAAGGGAGCAAAUGACACUUUUGAUACUACAGGAAAGGGAGCAAAUGACACUUUUAAUGGUACGGGAAAGGGAGCUAAUUUUACAGCCAUGGAGUGUACUAAGGAUAUUAAGGAUAUUAAGGAAUCCCCUUUCGGGGCUAUUGGUAUUGGUUGCCGUGACACAGACACCGUUACGGAGAAAAAAACAAUAUUAUAUAAUAAUUUAAAAUUAAUAAAUAAUAAAAAUAAUUUUAAAUCUGAAAAAAUUUUAAAAACUAAUGAUUUUAUUGAUGGAAUGUUAUAUAGAAGAUUAGGUGAAACGGAUAUGUUAAUAAGUCAAUUAUGUAUUGGUACAUCAAUGUAUGAUAAUCCUGAACUUAUUGAUCCUGAACAUUCUAUUGAUAUUAUGGAAACAGCAUUUAAACGUUUUGGAAUCAAUUUUUAUGAUAUAUGUGAAUAUGAUCCAUAUCCAUAUGAACCAAAAAGUUAUAAAUUACAUCAUAAAACAAUAAAAGAAUUUAUUAAACGUGUUGGACAUAAUAAUAUUAUCUUAUCAGCACGUAUUUCAUCUAAUAAUUUAGGUAAAUAUAAAUCUUCUGGACGUUAUCUUUCAUGGGUUCGUAAUGAUAUACAUGAACCACCAAACAUUAAAAUAAUUGAAAAAGUUGUUGAUAAUUUAUUAUUAAAUUUAAAUAUUGAUUAUUUGGAUAUAUUAUCAUUUGUAUAUCCAUAUCGUUAUAUACCAUUAUCACAUUUGGGUGAAGAUACUUAUUGUUGGUCACAUGAAUUUACUCAUACCAAUACCAAAUCUAGUUCUACAAUAUCAUCUCCUCAAUCCACUAAUACUACUACUCAAUCUACUCCUGGAUCCACGGGAUCCACAGAAUCUACUCCUCAAUCUACUCCGGGAUCUACUGGAAUACAACGGUAUGAUAUGAAUAAUAUACCGAAUUGUAAUGAAUGUAUUGUUGGAUUGGAUAAUUUGGAUGAGCAAAUAGAAAUAUUGAAUGAAUUAUAUUUAAAGGGUAAAAUAAAAAGUGUUGGACUUUCUAAUGAAACUGUUUGGGGUAUUUAUCGUAUGAAAACACAUCCUAAUCGUAAAUUCAAAUUAUCUUGUAUACAAACUUUAUAUAAUCUUUUACAUCGUAAUGAACUUGAAUCUAAUGGAAUAGUAGAAGCAAGUUUAAAAGAAAAUUUUAAUUGUCCUAUAAUAGCAUAUGGUACAUUAGCUGGUGGUAUAUUAACUGGUAAAUAUCUCGAUCCAGAACGUAUAAAUCCACUUGAUGAGUUUCCUGAAGAUUAUGGACACUUAAGUUAUGGUCCAUCCAAUUCAAGAUGUAAUUUAUUUCCACAAACUUAUCAUACACAUCGAACAGUUUGGUGUCAACAUGUAACAGGAGAAUAUAUGAAAUUAGCAAGAACAUAUGGAUUAACAUUAUCACAAUUAGCACAUUCAUAUACUUUCUCAAGACCAUUUAUAUGUAGUAGUAUAAUUGGACCACGUAGUAUUGGUCAAUUAUAUGAAACAAUAUCAUCAUUGAAUUAUCCCGUGACUAAAGAACUUGAAGAUGAUAUUCAUGAGAUAUUUUUACGAUAUCGUGCUGUGACAAUGGGCGGACCACAAUUUUUAACAAAAAUUGAUGAGUUUGAAGUUCCAGUUUCACAAAAUGAUAUUAUGAAAAAUGGUUUAUUACCAAUUUGGAGUGGUGGUUCACAUUGGUCAAUGGAUCACAUACCUUCCUUUGACAAAUUAUUCUAUCUUCAUAAUAAAAAAGAUGAAUUAAUACAUAUUAAACGGAUUUUUGGUCUUUUAGAUAAACCAAAUGAUUCUAAUUGGGCUAAUUAUCGUUGUUGGAUUGAACGUACUAAUGAACAUUUACCAGGAGAAUAUUUUGCAUUAAAAGAAAGUAAAUUAUUUUGUUGGGAUACAAUGAAAAUAGAAAAUAUAACAUUAAUAAAUAAGACAGAAGAAGAAAUUAAAUCUGAUGAUACAUCAGAUUUUCAUUUCUAUUGGAAAUCAGGAAAAAUAUAUGUUGGACCAACAACUGAAGCUAUUUAUAAUUUUUAUAAUGAUAAAGAAGCACAAUAUAAUAUUAUUAAACAACGUGAAGAAAGUAUUAAAAAAGCAAUGAAUAUUAAACAAUUCGAUGAAGAUAUGAAGAUAUGGUCACCAAUAGAUGUAGAUUUGGUAUAUAAAAGAUUAAUGGAACGACAUUUAAUAAAUCCAUUAAAUGUUUAUGAAUUAGAAGAAUUAUUAUAUGAUUUUAUGAUUCAAGGUAAAGAAUUAACAAAUGAAGAAAAAAAUUGUGAAAAAUUUGCUUAUUUCAAUAAACAAAUUAAUUAUCUCAAUACAUCAAAUCAAUUACAUUCAUUAGAUUAA